CCUUACUUAGCAUCCUUGCAUGUUGGUUACUCGCACGGGGCUGAGCUUGUAACGACAGCUUGCGACUCCCGCGUUCGGGAGUUGGCCCUAGUCCAGCCCUAGGGUGUGGCCCACCACGCGUCCCUUACAAUAUUUUGACAAACGAAGAAGAAUAUACAUUAUUGGAGUUACAGGGUAGACUUCUUGGAGCCCGUGCUCCCGGUAUUUAGGUCCACCGCUCAGGUCAACCCUCUUCCGCUGUGCUAAGCGACCUAACGAGAGGACGCAGCCGCCUGGAGCUCAGCAGGCGCCAGCAGUUGUAGAAGCAGUGGAAGCACGGAAGGAGCCAGGGUAGACGGGCCCAGCCGCAGUGUGCAGCGACUUCGUUAAUCUUUUGGGCGCCCGCUAAAGUCCUGCCAGCGCACACGCCCGCAUGCCAGUCGCGCCCCGCAGCGGCAGUAGCAUUGACGGCGUCACCGGCAGUAGCCCGCCCCGCUACGAGCGCCUGCCGAGCCCCAUCGAACUAAUGCGGGGGUCAUCUGAGGAUAUGCUCCCCGCCGCCAGCGCCGCCGCCGCCGCGGCGGCCGCCGAGGAGGAGGGGCCCGAGCAGGAUGACUCAUCCGUGGCUGACGGCCCGGGAUCUCUGUCGUACGGUGACGAGCGUACGGCGCUGCUUGGCGGCGGCGGGACAGGCGGCGGGAGCGCAUUCAGCAACGCGGUUGCGGCGCUUACAGGCGCCGCCGCCCGGGGCCGCACGCCCACCUCCCUGACGCCGCAUCACCCACACAGCCACCAGCACCCACACCAGCACCAUCCACACCAGCACGGCUCGGGACACGCGCACCCGCCGCACCCGCCUUCGUCCCACGGCCACGCACCGCACGCAUAUUCCCACGGUUUUGCAGCGGGGUCGGGGCCGGGGCCGUCUCUGCUGGCUACGGCGGCGGGCGGUCUCCUGCUGCCGGCGCCGCACCCCCACCACGACCACCACAAGCGGCACAGCGCCAGCGGCGGCACCGACUCUGCGGGCAGCAUGGCGGGCGAUCUGGAGGCAGGGCCGCGUGUGCGGCGGUUCAGCAGCGCCAGCAGCCCUCAGUCGCGCUGGCAGAGCACCGCCAAACGUGUGAUGCACGGCAUCAACACCAUGCACGCCAUUGACGAGGCCAUGGAGCGGCACGAGCCCGGCGCCGCCCCCGGCAUCGACCCCCGCCGCGCCAAGUACGCGCACCUGGCUGCCAAAUGGUGCCUGCCGGUGCGGGUGACGUGCGUGGACUACGACAGCAAGGAGGUGACCAUCACGCCCGACCUGCUCUCAGCUGAGGACCUCAGCGCAUUCCUAGCAGCCAACCCCCGACCCGCCAGGCCCGGACCUGGCGGCGGCGGUGGCGGUGGUGGCGGCGCAGGUGACGGCGGCGGCGGCGGCGCCGCCAGCGGCGCGGCGGCGGCAGCGGCGGCGCUGGCGGGCGGCGGCGGCGGGCUGAACGGCUCUGCCACGGGGCGUGUGCGGUGGAUCCACGUGGAUGGCCUGAACUGGGAGGUGAUACAGCUGCUGGCGCUCACCUACGACCUGCACCCCCUGGCCCUGGAGGACACAGUGCACGUGCCGCAGCGCAUCAAGGGCGACUUCUACGACUCCUGCCUCUACAUCUCCCUCAUCUACCUGUACCUGGCAGCAGGCGCAGCAGACACACCCGACGCUGCCAGCGACGGAGCCGCCGCCGCCCGCGCCGCCGCCGCCGCCGCCGCGGCCGCCGCCGCGGCGCCGCACACCCCCUCCGCCACGCCCACCGCCGCGCGCCGCAUGGCUCGCACCAUCUCCGGCGUUCGCCGCGCCGAUGCUGCUGCGGCAGCGGCGGCGCUCGCCGCCUCUGGCGCCUCCGAUAACGACCGCAGCGUUGGCGGCGGCGGCGGCCGCGCCCCUCUCGCCUCCGCCGCCUCCGCCGCCUCCGGUAGCAGCUCCGGCUACAACGUUGUUCUCAACGCCUUAGCUAGCUUCGCCAGCGGUAACAGCGUCACUAACGGCGGCGGCCAGAAGCCCAGUCAGCCCGGGCCGUCGCACUACCCGCUGCCGCUUAGGCGCGGCUCCGUGGUUGUUAGCUCGGCGGCCGAUUUCCACGUGGUAGGGGAGGCGGACGAGGCGCGCGGCGGCGGCGACGGGAGCCCUACGGAGGCAGCGAGGGCUGAGACGGCGGCGGCAGUGGCGGCGGCGCGGCCGCCGCCGGCGCGCGGCGGUUCCAAGAGCCCGGGCGGCAACCGGCCGAGCUUUUCUAUCGCGUCGAGAGCGGCGGCUGGAGGUGGGGGAGGCGGCGGUGGCGGUUGGGGGCGUGGUGGCGGCGGCGGCGGCGGCGGAGGGCACAUGGAGCACGGGGGACGAGACAUCCACGUCAGCGCGCAACAGGUGUCUCUGUUCCUGCUCCGCGGCGAGCACGCGAACACGCUCAUCACCAUCUUCCAGUCGGACGGCUCCGACGUCACGCGACCCAUCCUGGCGCAGCUGCGGGAGCCGCGCACGCUGGUGCGGGAGGCCGAGGACGCCUCCUUCCUAGCCAACCUGGUCAUUGACACGCUGGUGGACCACAUCUUCCCGGUGGUUGGCGCCUACACGGAGCAGCUGCAGCAGUACGAGGCGGCGGUCAUGGCUCCGGGCGGGCAGCUGCCCUCCGCCGCGUCCACGCGCGAGCUGCACGCCAUGCAGCGCGACCUGCGCCGCAUAGACCGCACCAUCGCGCCCAUGCAGGCUGUGGUGGCAAACAUCAUCGCGCGCGACGCCGCUGCGGAGGAGUCCGCCGCCGCGCGCCGCCAGCAGCUGCAGGCGUGCGGGCUGGAGUUGGCGGACGGGGCGGCGGCGGGCGGCGUGGCGCCCUUCCUGUCCCGACUCACACGCAUCUACAUGGGGGAUGUCAAGGACCAUGUCAGCACCAUCUGCGAAGACCUGAUGUCUCUGUCCGCGGAGUGCGGCGACCUCAUCGGUCUCAUCUUCAACCUCACCACACACCAGCAGUCCCAGUACGCGCAGACGCUGGCGGUGGUGUCGACCAUCUUCCUGCCCAUCACUUUCCUGGCGGGGGUGUACGGCAUGAACUUCGACAUCCUGCCCGAGCUGCACUGGCAGUACGGAUACGCCUACUUCUGGGCGACCAGCACAAUCAUCGUGGUGGUGUUCAUCUGUGUGAUGCUGCGGGCCGGCCUGUGGUCUGUGUGAGCAGCGCAGUGACGGCGCAGCAGCUCCUAGCACUGGCACUGGUCACGUCAGCAAAUAACCUGUGAGCCUGCGACCGCGUCGGCGCGGCAAGCGGCGAGCGGCUCGAGUGACGGCGCACGUCGGGGGGCCGGGGGAAUCCCGUGGCAUGACGAGGUGGAUGGAGGGGCUCGGCUGUGGUUAGGCCGGUUGGAGGGCCUGCAGUGAGCGGUGAGGAGGGCGGCGUGCUGCGUGCAAGCAUGGACAUCGCGCGGUGCGGCCAGGGUGACUGGGUGAUUCGGGACGAACACGGGGGGCCUGCUGAUGGCAUCUGGGUGUCGCUGGCGGCGCUCAUGGGGACAAGGACUUGCGGUUGGCGACGCCGCACACAUCGCGCACGAGUAUAAGCGUGAGCAUUCGCGUGCGCAUGGUGAGCCGAUGAGCUGUAGGAACGGGGUGGCGCCGAUUGAUCGGCGAGAGGGCGACUCGGCGUGUGGUGCCAGCACCUGGCUGCUGUCUGCUUGGGCUGAUAGGUGUUUGGGCACGCAGCGUCUUGUUUACUUGAAGUCCGGCAUGGAAGUCCAAGCAUGCAAGCGCCAGCAUCGGCAGCUCCGGGGACGAAAGUCUGCGGCGCAGCGGCACGAGCGCGCGUGCCUUCGGGCGCCCGUGCUUCGGAUCUGCAGCACCGCAGGCCUGGCGUCGUGCAGCUGCAUGGUAUAAGCGGAUGCUUGUUAAACAAGCCCGGAGUGCGUGAUUCCAUUAAUUGUCUUCU